UGAGCGGCGCAUGUGGCGGAAGUUUGCGCUCUCACAUGAAAGCAGCAGCUAGCUAGCGGACGGGGGAUUAAACUGUAUCGUUUAAGUUCACGUUCACGGAGCCAGCGUUCAAACGGGAUGAAGUGCAUCCGAAACCAAAGCUGUCGUGCAUGUUCCUUGACACGAAGCGUAGCAAAGGAGGGCGAUGUCACUGGCAGCAGCUAAAUUCCUGGACGAGAUAAACCUCCAGCAGAAAUAAAGGUGUGACGACGAGAAGCGGUGUAUAUACGCUGUAUACGCGUUCCACUGCAGGCCAGUGUGCGUGAUCGUUUGUGUGUGUGUUUAUGGUCGUGUAUGUGGCAUAGCAGUAGGGGAUUGUAACGUGAUGCCAAGAUGCUGCUCUCCUUGGGAAUGCUGAUGCUGUCGGCCACACAGAUUUACACCAUCUUCACCGUUCAGCUCUUCGCCUUCCUCAACCUGCUGCCCGUGGAGGCAGAUAUCGCUGCCUACUCAUUUGACAACAAAACGGAGAACUUUGAUGACCUGCCUGCACGGUUUGGCUAUCGGCUACCCAGUGAUGGACUGAAGGGUUUCCUGAUUGGGGCACGUCCAGAAAAUGCAUGCGAGCCCAUCGAGCCCCCUCCGAGGGACAACUUAACGGGCGCCUUCAUCGUCCUUAUCAAGCGCUUUGACUGCAACUUUGACAUCAAGGUCCUCAAUGCCCAGAAAGCCGGUUACAAGGCAGCCAUUGUUCACAAUGUGGACUCUGAUGACUUAAUCAGCAUGGGAUCCAAUGAUUUGGAUGUUAUGAAGCAGAUAGAUAUUCCCUCUGUGUUUGUGAGCGAGGUGACUGCCAACUCUUUGAAAGAAGACUACACAUAUGACAAGGGGGGACACGUGGUCCUCAUGCCGGACUUCAGCCUGCCGCUGGAAUACUACCUGAUCCCCUUCCUCAUCAUCGUGGGGAUCUGCCUCAUCCUCAUUGUUGUUUUUAUGAUCACCAAGUUUGUCCAGGAUCGACACAGGGCUCGGAGGAGCCGUCUGCGCAAAGAUCAGCUGAAGAAACUUCCCAUCCACAAGUACAAGAAAGGGGACAACUAUGAUGUAUGCGCCAUCUGCCUGGACGAAUAUGAAGAAGGUGACAAACUCCGAGUCCUGCCAUGUUCUCACGCCUACCACAGUAAGUGUGUGGACCCCUGGCUGACCAAAACUAAGAAGACGUGUCCGGUGUGCAAGCAGAAAGUGGUCCCCUCGCAGGGUGACUCUGACUCCGAUUCAGAGGAGGGGGACAGCGGCCCUGAUGAGAACGAGGAGGUGUCGGAGAGCACCCCUCUGCUGCGCUCUCUGGCCUCCACUAGCGCCCACUCUUUCGGCACCAUGUCGGGAGCGUCGCGCUCAGAGCAAGACCAGGAGUCCUCCGAGUACGAGGACGACGAGCUGGACAGCAGCGACAGCGAGGAAGAGGUCACUGUGGAGACUGUGGUGGUGCAGAUGCAGCAGCCCUGCUCUGAAGGCCACGAGCACGACUUGCCCCGAGCUUGACUGAUGGGUGGCUGAACCCGCCCUCCCCAACCUCACAGCAGCAGAGACUUUUCGUUGGGGGGGUCACAAAACAAAUUCAUCAUCCGAAUUCUUCUUUCACUGCUUACAAGACAUUGUAAUGUAUCCUCCCUACAGGUUCAAAUACAGAUCUUAAGUUUUAUUUUUAACAUGAUUAUGGAUAAAGUGCUGAUUUCCAAGUGUGCGACAAGAAGUCAGUGAGCAUAUAUCUGUUGACACUGAUGUACAGUAGACUGUUAUACUGUAGUCAUAAAGAGAUUAUACAGAGGAUGGGUGGCAAGGUCCAGAGGUCCUAAACACAGAUCACACUCCAAACAAAGUUCAGUAAAAGUACUGUAUAUAAAAGUAUAGAUCACCAUAAGUUGCAUCUUUACCUUUGAUUAUCUUGUGUCCUCCAUGUUUCAGAAGAUGGGGAUGUUUCAUUAUUGUACAUACAUAUUCAUGCUUCACUGACACACCUAUGCAGCACCCUUUUUGUAAAAAUUAAACUAACAUUCAGCAUAUAUAGACACAUUUAAAGCCACAGCAAGGAUGGUUUUGCCAAUUUCUUUCUAGCCUCAUGUAUGAAGAAGCCUAGGUGCUCCUGUCUGUGUUUUUGUGCCACGGUUUAUCUGUUACAGUGAUUUCACACUAAGAGAAACUUAAGCCAAACCAGUUUGAGAAACUCAUUUCGAAGCAAAGGAAAGCGCUCCUUCACGCGACGUCGCGUUCUGUUGUCGGUUACGCUCGUUCAAAGUGUGGAGAGACACGUCCACGCUGCCUGUGGUAAACUUCCUUUUGGCUGCUUCAGACCUAUCACUGCAUUUAACACAAGCGGUUAUUUGUUGAUAGGCCUUGUAAUAGACAUUUAACUGACCUUAUCUCAUUUUAAUACUGUUUGUAGUAAAUACGCUUAAGUUUUUUUUUGUUUUUCAUAACAUUUGCUUGAUUUUUGUUCAUGAAACCUGUUGCCUUUUUCAGUUUAUAUAUUUUGUCCUGUGUUUUUUUUCCUGCUCAUGUAUGUACUCAAUCUGAAUUCAUUUCAAUAAAAUAAAAAUGGGACUUUAACGAGAAAA